UGCCGCCGUCGACAGAAACGUGGAGGGCAUAACUUUUUGGAAUCCAGCCUAGGGCUCCCUCUUUGACGCUUUGCUCGCUCCCGGCUAGCGCUCUCUCUUGCUCUUUCCCUGAGGAAAGGCCGAUACUUAAGAGAGUUGACUUCUCCUGGGGAAUUCAGAGUGCGUAAAGCUGUCGUAAUCUCACUCAUGAUGUACAGCUUCAUGGGAGGGGGGCUGUUCUGCGCCAUCGUGGGCAACAUCCUGCUGGUGGUGUCCACAGCCACGGACUACUGGAUGCAGUACCGCCUGUCCGGCAGCUUCGCCCACCAGGGCCUGUGGAGGUACUGCAUGUCCGGCAAGUGCUACAUGCAGAUCGACAGCAUCGGUACGUCUGGACCCGUCCUGAACCGGACCCACGGGAAAUCUGUCCUGUUACAAGACAAAGAGUCUGUCUGUUUACAUCGCGGCAUGCUAAAGUUGAUUAGCACUGAGCUCAAACCUUCUGUUUUCGCCUCCUCAGCCUACUGGAACGCCACGCGUGCGUUCAUGAUCCUCUCUGCCAUGUCGUGCUUCGCUGGCAUCAUCGCAGGAAUCCUCUCCUUCGCCCACUUCUCCGCCUUCGAGAGGUUCAACCGUUCGUUUGCUGCCGGGAUCAUGUUCUUUGUCUCAACCCUCUUUGUUCUGCUUGCGAUGGCCAUUUACACCGGGGUGACUGUGAACUUCCUGGGCAAGCGCUUCGGCGACUGGCGCUUCUCGUGGUCCUACAUACUGGGCUGGGUGGCGCUGCUCAUGACCUUCUUUGCCGGUAUAUUCUACAUGUGCGCCUACAGAAUGCAUGAGUGCAGAAGAGUGGCCGGCCCACGUUAAAGUGAACAGGAAGUAAAAUGUAGAGGUUGCAAAUGAUUCAAAAAUAAAGGACCUAUAAAAUAAGAACGA